AAUGAUGCCAAUGCUUGGAAACAUUUUUCUUUCCCCUCCUGGUUGAAUCAAGCAUGGAGGAGAGAAGAAGAAAAAAGCUUUAAAAACCAGAGAGAGAGAGAGAAAACCCAAUUUCAAAGAAACACUUUAAUCGCCGCCAUUGCUUGCUUCCAACCACUGAGCAAUUGGACUCUUGGAAGCUGAAAAGAGAGUCUCUCCACUCUCUUCCCACAAUUCCCACCACAGGGAAUCUGAAAAGGGUGUCUCAAAGCUGCUGAAACCUUUCAAUUUUCCCAGGCUGUUUUCAAAGAGAUACAUUAGAGCUUAUAUUGAUUUCCAGUUCCUCUAUUUGAGUGUUCUGUCAGAUGGUGGGAAUGAGUGACACCUUCAACUCCACCGAUUCAAUUGAAUGCGGUGAAACUGGGAUGCUGAAAACUGGUUUUGAGGGAUCUGGUCCUCCGAUGAAGAAGUCUAAGUUACAAGCUUCGACACCUCAAAAUAUAGAGAAUAGUGAAGCAGCAGAAAGCCAGGACAGAUUUGAUAAUCUACCUGAGAGUGUUGUCCUUCAUAUUUUGUCGCUUAUGGAGACAAAGGAUGCAAUUCGAACAUGUGUUUUAUCCAAACGGUGGAGGUAUCUUUGGAUGUCAGUUCCAUGUCUAAACUUCAACAGCAAGUCUUUCCCCCGGUUGGUUGAAUUCAAGAGAUUUGUGUUGUGGGUACUAUCCCACCGAGAUUCUUCGUGCGUCAAAGUUCUUAUUUACUACCGCUUUGGGGUAGAUUAUGCUACAGAUCAAUAUCUAUUGGAUAAGGUUAUUGAAUAUGUAGCAUUACAUGGUGUUGAAGAAAUCAGAAUCAACCUUAAGGCAAAAACCUCUGGCAGCCCACCUGUUAAACUCCCAUUGUCUUUAUUUAAUUGCAAAUCCUUGAACAAGCUUGAGUUAAAAGGUUGUCAUCCUACAAAUGUCUCAUCACCUCAUGGUUGCAGAUCAGUGGAAAUGCCGCAUUCGGAACAACUCUCGAUGCAUCCUGCAACUGCAGAUAAUGCAAAUUCACUUGCCAGUUUACCAGAGCUUUUUGGUUUUACAACAUUGACAACUUUGCAUCUCAACAGCUUGACUCUUUGUUAUACAGGAAAUGAAGUUCUGGACCCAUUUGUUAACUGUGUCAAUUUAAAGGAUCUACACUUGAGUGAAAUGAGCUUUAAGUCGCAGCUGAUCCCUAGGGAUUUUGUGAUAUCCGCACCCCGACUCAGCAACUUGACCCUAAUGUGCAACCGUUUUAAAUGCAAACUAGUAGUUAAUGCACCACAGCUGAUCAAUUUCAGCUACUUAUAUUCUACUCCUCGUGCCUUCUUUGAGUUUAGUAUUCCUUCUCUGGAUGGCUUGAUCAUUGAUAUCUAUGAACUACAAGAUCGAUGGGGAAAUUCUCUCCAGAAUAUAGUGAAGACUUCACAUGGUUUGAUCAAUAUGUGCCGGGGACAUCAUGAUAUUGGACUAUCCUUCCGUACAAUUGAGGAUACCUGUGUACAUGCUGCCAUUCUAAAGCAAGAACGUUUGUCUCUUAGUAAGUUGAAGUCACUGAACUUAGGAGUGGGUUUAACAUAUAAAAUCUUCAUUAACAACCUUGAACAUAUAACUGCAUACUUCCGUCGUUGCUCUCAGCAUGCUGCAGACUUUGAGAUUGUCACAGUUUAGAAGAUGUUGAAGAAUACUACUCUACACAGGAGGAGGUUUUGGCUUAUGCUUGCUUGGAAGUUUAAUCCAACACUGAGUCCUUUCAUGCUGAACAAGGAUGAGUACUUUGUUAUUUUGAACAGGAAACUAUAGGGAUAUACACCAAUCUUUGGCCAGUUAUAGAAAUUAGGCCACAAUGAAAUAGAGAUUUUAUUACUUUUUGAGGAAAAAAUCCUGUUUAUCUUGGUGCAAAUUUUCAGUAAAAUUAAUUUGAAGUUAUAGAUGUUUAAGUAUUUCUUUUUGAA